AUUUUUUUUGUUCAUUCUUCUUUUCCCUAUCUUAUCAAAGUUUUCGCUUAUAAAAACUGUAAGAAUCCAAUCUUAUUUGGUUCUUUUUUCUUUUUCUUCUUUUUAUUGUUGUUUUUAUUUCUUUUAUUCCCUUCUUUUAUAUAUAUAUAUUCUACUUUCAUGUUAUUUUAUAAACAUACUGCCAAUAUUAUAUAUCGAUCAAGAUUCUUACGCAACCAGCAAUGGCCCUUGCAACAAUCCAUUAUUCGCAAUUAUACAUCAUCUUUUAGUAAUGGAAAAGGACACAAUAGUACCAACCAAACCAGAUCAUCAAAUACAGAAGACGAAGAAAAAAUCACUAAAGAUUCUCAAGAACCUUUUGUUGCUAAACAGUCCAAUGAACUUAACUUGUCUUUUAUGCCAGUUAUCAAUAUCCCACAAACUGAAUUCGCUCAUAAUGCCUUUUUCUCAUUACAUCGACCAUUACUUGGAUUGGCAGAUGAAGAAGAAAAACCAUUUUUUUCAAAUCAACCUCAUGAAGACGAAGAUGUGGAUGAACAAAUUGCAAAUUAUAUGACGGAUCUUCGACCUUUUGAACCACCUUCAGCACCUGGAACUACUCAAGACAAUGAAAAACAUGAUAGGAACUAUACAACAAUAUCAUUUAGCACAGGAGAUGCUGACCAAGAAUUUUAUAUGGAACAAACUCUGCCUAUGUAUUAUAUGCCGGAAAGUGAUGAUAUUGUGGAAUAUCUAUCAACUAUGCAAGAAAGACUUGUACGACAAAAUGCAUUAGAUGAUCCAAACAACACUAACACUAUGGGUAGGACAAGACGAAGACGGACAGAUGUACUAACAGAUUUGGGACUCAAAGCAAAUUCAACAUUAUUCACACCUGUAUCAAGAUGGCAAAAACGAUAUCAACGGGGUCCAUAUCGUCAUCGAUGGAACAAAAAGAAUGGUCCUACUUGGUAAAUGUAUGUAUUGUACUUUAGCGAUCUUAUUAUAUUUUUACUCUUGUAUAUUAUUGUAUUCCUCCUCCUCCUCCACUUUCCUUUUCCCCCCCCCUCUCUCUCUUUCUUUCUUUCUUUUUUUUAUUUCUCUCUUUAUUUGAUUCUUUCUCCUCUUUCUUUAUUUGUCUUUCUCCUUUUAGUUCAUUGUUUGUUUAUAAUAUCGUAUUUCCAUCAUCUCAUUAUUUUUGAAUAAAGAUAGAAAGUACUUGUCAAUAACAA